AUGGAUUUUAAUUCUCCAAGCGACAAUAAAAUAGUUCUGGUAACCGGAUUCUGUACAAUGUCUUCAAACAGAGUGGACAAAAAUAUUAAUGCGAGUGGUGAAGCCGUGAAACUGAUGAUGAAAGAUGAGUUGGAGAGAAGACUAAAUAUCACUCUCAUUACCAAGAGGGUGCCAGUGGAGUACAAUUACGUUGACAAGAUCAUACCUAAGAUGUGGAAAGAAUAUCAGCCACAUCUAAUAAUCCACGUGGGAGUAUCCGCUGUCUCCAAGGGUUUCACGUUGGAAACACAGGCGAGAAAAAUGGCGUAUACUAUGAAAGAUGACGCUGACAAAAUACCAGAAGGAUGCAUGAACCCUUCGCUAGGACCAGAGAAUAUAGCUACUGAUCUCCAGGUGGACCUUGUCUGCGAGGAGUACAAUUACGAUCUGCCGGAGGAUAGUUUAAAAGCUGUUGUUUCUAACGAAGGCGGAAAUUACCUCUGCGAGUACAUCUACUACACUUCUCUAUGUCAACAACUGAACGACUACAAGAGUUCUUUGUUCGUCCACGUACCUCCCAUGAAGUGUCAACAGGAAUUUGAAGAGUUAGCACGUGGUUUGGAGCGAAUAGUAGAGAUAUGUGUUCGGCAACUCAGGAUUCAAGAUAUUAGUGGAGAUUUUUAG